AUGCUCUCUUCACUGCUUCUUCUGACCCCCCUCCUGGCUAGCCAGGUAUUAGCUGUUCAGAGUGGUGUUCACAUUGCCGGCAUGGAGAUUUUUAAGCGCCAGAGCGACAGCGAGGCCUUCGUCCCUAACACCACUCCCGGCUGUCCUGAUAGCUGGCCUACCUGUGGUACCAGCGGUAUCUGCUACAACCCGAAUGAGGGACAGACAUGCUGUCCGGGAGGAAAGUAUGCCUGUCCUUCCGGUUCCUUCUGUCUUCAGGACCCCUACUGCUGUCCGAAUGGCCUUGAUCCCGAAACCUGCGCAAAGAGAUACGGGAUCACCCUAACUCCUAGCUCCCCUGAGCCGACUGAAACUGAUCAGCCUACCGAGCCUACCGCAUCGGUCCCCUCUCCUAGCUCCAGCUCGAGCGCAUCGAUCCCAGUGAUCCCGCGCCCGACGUCUUCGACGUCCUCGUCGCCUGUGUCUUCGAGUAGCGCUCACUCGACGGCGCCAACGGCGUCUCCGUCGAGUCCUCUCUUCACUGGUGGUGCUAAUGCCCGGGAGAUGAUCGGUGGUGCUGCUAUUGUUCUGGGUGGGUUGGGGUUUUUGGGAAACAUGAUUUGA